ACUAAAACAAUUAGACCUCUCGGCCUCGUGGACUACGAGCUAAUAGCCCAUUCGGCCUCGCGGACUCGGCCUCAUGGGCUAUUAGCUCGUAGUCUACUCGGCCUCGAGGUCUAAUUGUUAAAUAGAGUGUGGUAAGCCAAAGUAUAUUUAAUCAUGGCUUUAUGAAACUCACUCUUUUAAACCUUGUCGAGACACUAAUAUAGAACAAAUGUAAUAUAGUGCAUUCAUUAAUUUAUAAGGAUUGCGCAAUUUAGUUAGGAUGCUAUUUCACAUUGAAUUAAUGUCUUUUGUAAUUUAAAUGGUGUCGGUUUUGAUAAAAAAAAAACAUUCGCAAAGCAUUCUGGUAGUUGUAACUGAUGAAAUGACGCCACCGUGCGAAUGGUCUAAGAAAUUUUUAAUUGUUUUUCACGUUUUAAGAUAUGACAUUUAAUCUGAUAGACUUCUUAAAGCACUACAGUCUAUGAAUUUCAUGUUUCCCUUCAACGAUCAGUCGAAGUUGCUAUUUAAAGGAAGUGCCAAGCGAUUUUACUAGCGACGCUAGAGCAAGCGCAUAAGCAAGGGCAAAAAGUUGCGCUUGCGUUGUGUUUCGUUUUCCAUACCAAAAUCAAGAGCAAGAAAAAAGGAAAAAAAAAUUGAUAUCUUCCGCUUGCUGCUGCGCUUGCCYUAUCACUGCUUGGCGAUUUUUAAAACCAAUAGAAUUAAAGAUGACAGCCUUAUAAGUAAAAAGGUUAAUUGCCUACUUUUGAUAUUUUAUCGAUUGAAUAAUAGAACUGAAGUCGUGGCUACGGGUAAGCAAUACAUUAUCCUUUUGCAGUUUCUUUGGAGUCUCAAAUUCUUUUCUUUUUAACAUCAAGAAGUGAGCUAGACACAGACGUUUUCCGAAACGCAAAAUCAUGGUGCAUUGUGGUUAUAGGGACUCUGAGAUCGCAGGUGGAAUGAAGUUUCAAAAGUUUUAAAACAAAAAUAAAAAAAUAAAAAACAACUUUUUCAACUUUUUUUCACAACUUUUAGCGGUGAUAUACAUCACCAACGGUAUACUACUUUUCUCGAUUUUCACGAUCUGUAAAAAAAAAAAAAAUUGCGAAAGUCAACAGGAAAUUCUUUAAAGAAAAUGAAACUUUUAAUAUCGUCCCUCGGCCUCUCUUCCCUAAUGAAAGCGUGGAAACGAGGCUGCAAGGGAAAUUCCCAGAAAUGGCGUCGCAAAAGAACAGCCAAGUUUCAACAGGUUUCAAGGGUAUAACACGCUUUUACCCUGACAAAAAACCAUCAUAUUAAUGCCUCGACAUUGCAUCAAGCCAGGAUGAUGGAUGAUAAACUUGAUAAAUACAUAUUAUUGAACGAUAGAGUUGGUGAAUACAGGGAAAAAGAUUUGCUAUCGAAAAAUAUCCCUAUCAAAUUUCUGCGAGGAGAACUCCUAGAGGCUUUCAUCGAAGCUGAUCAGCCGAAAAGAAAGAAGAAGAAAGACCCCGAAAACAUCGCUCUUACCAGAAUAGCAAAGAAAAAUCAGCGACUAGAAUGUCCAACAUCCGAGGUAGCAAAGCUCACAGACAGUGAAGCAGACUUACUCGUGGCUGUMWGUUCUGCCGAGGAGAGGUUUCGUAUCUACCGGGAAAGAAAUCGUUUGGAAUUGGCAAAGUCUUUAACUGUUGGCGAUAAUGUUUUAGUUAAUUUAGAUAAACCCCUAGGACAUGUAGAAGGGAUAAUUCGGUAUAUAGGAACACUGCCAGGGAAUGUUGGUAAAAUGUUUGGCGUGGAACGUCUGGACAAGGAAGCCAUUGUACAUGGAACGACAUAUAGAACCUUUGGCAAUCAAGGAUUUUUUGAUUGUCAGGAAGACUGUGAUGUUUUUGUGGCAAUGGACAAAAUACAACCAGACUUUUCAACAUCACCACAAAGGGUUGUACAAUCACCACAAAAAUCAAGCGCAGCAUCAUCUGCAAUAAGCUUAGGGAAGAAACAGAAACUGGGAUUUAAUGGUACAGGAAAGUUGAAGGAAAGGCAGCUGUUUGUCUGCCAGGAAGGUUAUGCGACACCUGAAGUGGACUUCCUCAUGGAAAAUAAUGAACGGCAAGAAAUCAGUAUGUUGACAGUCGAAUACCUGGAUCUUAUGGGUCUUGAGAUUGGAUGCAUGGUUGAAGUACCCAUGACUAAUAAUAGAAGUCAGUAUGGUGUGAUUAGAUGGAUUGGCAAACUACCUGAUUUGAAAGAUAGAAUUGUAGCUGGUUUAGAGCUGGAAGAAGAGCAGGCUUCAUGUAACGAUGGAGUAUUUCGUGGAAUAAGAUACUUCACUUGUCCUCCUGGGAGAGGAUUCUUUGUGAACUUGGCAAAUUGUAAAAGAGAUUCACGAUUCACAAGCACAGGGUUUAAAGAGGCCUUUCUUUUGACUGGCAUCGUCAACGGGGAGGUGAUUGCAGAUCGCAAUAGUGAAUUCCAAGCUCAUCUUGCCCAUGUCACCUCAUUAAAACAAGUUGAACAGGUUUUAGCUCACUUGAAAAGAAACAGUAGGAUUGCAAAAGCAGCAAAUAACAUGCUUGCUUAUAGGAUUUGUUGCAAAGAGAAAAAUAGUUAUCUUGAGGAAGGUCGUGAUGACGGCGAAAGUGAAGCAGGAAAAAGGCUAUUGCACCUGUUGCAAGUAUGCAAGGUAGAGGAUGUAGUUGUCAUAGUAACUCACUGGUAUGGAGGUGUCUGCACUGGUCCUGACAUAUUAAAGCACAUUAAUGCUUGUGCACUGGAUGUGAUGAAGAUUGCAACCGAAACGGGAUUGAUUCGAACUGGUGCACCUACUGAAAUCAUUUGCCGUGGUCCAAAGGCCUUGGCAGCAUAUCAAAAUGCCCUCCUGAAUGGGACGACCAAAAAUCGACGAUUAUUUUUGAUGCUGAUCGGACCGUCCCGCGCUGGCAAAACAAGUUUACUGAAGUCCUUUAGAGGAGACAUUUUUGACCCAAACGAAGAUAGCACUGAUGUUAUAGCCUUACAUCGCUAUUGUUGCAAGUUGAUAGACGCGACAUGGGCGAAAGAUAGUGAUAAUGUAGACGAAAUAUCAUUUGAAAGCGUCAUGUCUACGAGCGUUGCAAAGAAUUAUCAAACAGAGGAAGAGACUCAUCCAGGUGUACACAGAGAAAAGAAAAGUUCUGGAAAUUAUGAUGAUGUUACAGACAUUGAUUAUGAAGUAGAGAAAGAAGCUGAUCUAGCUGUGGACAGAAAAAAGAAGAGAUCUGCAAGUACUGAUGAUAUCAUAGACAUUGAUAACGAAAAGAAGGAAGAAGCCCAUUUAGGUGUAAUCACCAUGGAAAGAAGAUAUGAAGACGCCGACGAUAUGGAAGGACAUGGAAAUCCUGAAAACUUAAAACCAAAAAGAAUAAGGAAACAACAUUUUCCUCUCUCAAUUACAGAGACUGUUAGGAGUGUUGAUGAUAGUCCACUCGAUGCUAGAAUUCAGGAAAAGAUACUGGAUGCUCUCGCAUAUCGAAAGGCCGCUGAAAGCGAUGAUAUUAUUUGUACAGCAUUAGAUAUUGGCGGUCAGCCAGUUUACGACGUGACUCAUCCGCUGUUCAUUUCAUCGAAAGGCAUUUUCAUUCUUGUUCAUAACUUGGAAAAUGAURCGUAUAGCCUUUCUGUACCAGUUGUAAAAAAAGGAAAUGCAUCUAGAACAGUAGGUAACAAGUGUCUUAUGACAUCCAUGGAUCAUCUAGAAUUCUGGCUGUCAUUCGUGGAAUUAAAUGCAAAUCAUCAAACCCAGUGCAAAUCUACUGAAUGUGAAUUGAUGCCAAAGAAACUACCACCUGUGUUCUUGGCAUGCACACAUGCAGACAAACCAUUUGAUGGACAAAAUGCUACUGUAAUGUCAAGAGAAAUCCUCAAGCACUUGAAAAGGAACGAUCACGCUCCUGGGGAACACGUUGUUUCCUCCCUUUAUCUCGUCGAUAACACCGUUUCAGGUUUUUCUGAAGAUGAAGGUGUAAGAGAGUUGAGGAAAGACAUUUGUGAAAUUGCAAAAUCUCUGCCACACAUGAACGAAGUUAUCCCAGUAAGAUGGUUCCGAUUUGAGAAGGAACUUGUAUCUCUUGUUGAGAAAGAAAAGUAUAGAUACUUGUGUAUAGAGGAAGCAAAGAAGAUCGCUCUUAAGUGCAAAGUUGAUGUCGAAUCUGAUGAGUUCCCCACUCUCUUAAACUACCUUCAUGACAUAAGAGAGAUCAUCUACUUUAAAGGCACAGAAACUGUCUUUAUAGACAUCCCGUGGCUAGUCGGCAUAAUAAGUAAAGUAAUCGCCGUUGAACCUGUUGAGAAUUGGCGAGAGAAUCAAAGAGUUUCAUGGACAAAACUCGAAAACGAAGGAGUGCUAGAUUUAUCCCUCUUGGAAUAUGUAUGGAGAGAAGUAGCAGAUGACCACGUUACCAUUGAUUCUCUAUUGGUGAUCAUGGAAACAUUUUCGCUUGUUUGCCGCUGGCAUACUGCUGACAAGGAAGAGGUUUUCCUUGUCCCUGCUAUGUUAAUGAACAGCAGUGCCCGAGAUAUUGCUGAGCUGCUAAAGGACCAGAUGCCACCACUUAUUGUGUAUUUUCCAAGCUCACAUCUUCCUCUCGGUAUCUUUCCAAGACUCCAGGUAAUGUUGGCAGAACUGUGUAAUUGCAAGUGGUCAAAUGCGAACCAACCAACGUUCCAUCACAAUUUUUGCAGGUUUUAUAACGUUGGUGAAGAAGAAAGCUUUGACUUGGUGCURACGUCAGACAUUCGAACUAUUUAUAUUGGAGUUAUAAAUAACAAUGAAGCUGACGACAAGAAAGUCACUGACUUUUGCCAGGAGAUCAUUGAUUUCCUUAAAUCAAAGCUCAAUGUUGACAUGCGCCAAGACUUCCCUUGGAUGGAAAGGAUGAAGUAUAAACUCUGURUACGUUGUCCAAUUUGCCAGCCGUCUGCCGACUGCUGCCUGCCUCACGUUCCAGGRUGUGUCAGCCCGUCAUGCGUACACUUCAUCACAGAGGAAGAAGUCUUGAAAGCCAAGCAUCUUCGCUGCUUGAAAAGUCCAACUUGUACGGACACCAAAAUUCCUUACRAGCACUUUUCUCACUGGUUCCCACAAGCAGAAAAGUCGUCUCCUUCCAAACCAGUCCACGAGGGUCCUAAAACAGCCCCAGUUGGCUUAAUUUCGAAUACAGGGCCUUUAUGCAAAAGUGAAAAUAGCAAACGCUGGGUUGUGGUUGGUGUUGCUAUCAUGACGGUGCUGUUGCCUGCCUUGCGAAGUUUUGUUCUUCCAAAGAUUACCAAACACUACAAUGAUUUGAGAGCCAGUGACAACAUUGACACUCAACUGUAUGGAACACGUAUUCUUAAGAUGGAUGGCACAUGCAAACUCAAUUAUGAAAGCAUCAACAACAACGAAGGAAUGAGACCACCACUCUUCGACUACAAGGUCAAAUCUGAAGUUGAUUUGGCAAAAUUGUAUUUGAAACCUUUUAUGGCGAAGUUCUCCGGGAUUGACGAGUCGUGUGACCUGUCGGCUGUUCUUGGAAUAUUAUCCUCUUCCAGUGUUUUUACUACGGAGACGCAARAUGCCGCGAAGGACGUCCGACAACACGUACGUAAUGAGUGGGGUCAUUGCAAUUUCUCAAAAUGGGAUGRAAAGAAAAUUGAUGACUGCUUUAAAUUCAUGGAUAUCCUGGUGAAAUCUCUAAAAYUGGCUAAUGACAAGGAAAAGAGGUUGUUGGAGGAACUCAAAGAAUGGGAAACGAAAGGUGUUCCUCUAUGCUUUGGCAGCCMAGUUGAUGCUGGCCUCUGGAACCUCGUCCACCAAAAUGUUGGCUGGUUACUAAAKGAAGUACAAUCUCUUAAGGAAAAAGAGGCUGAAGAAUUUCAGCGGGUUACCUCUGUUCUACAAACGUUUCAGCAGGAAUUAAAACAGAUUGUCGGACGACUCACAAARAUUGAAGAGGGCCAAGAAGACUCUUAAACAAUGAUAACAGCACAGCUGUAGCAAGUGAUGUGAAGACACUCAAGUCYAAACAGUGAGGCUGUGAAYGUGUUUUGMAAAUAAUUUGUGACACUUUCUAAUUCCGCAAUGAAAAUGCUUUUAAGCCAAUGGCUUCAUAUUGUACAAAAUGUUCUAAAACACCAAUAUUAAUGUAAAUACGCCAGUGUAGAAGAAGGCAAAUAGAAAAAAAUAUUAUAUAUAAAUAUUAUAUAUAUUUUUAUAGCAAUUGUUAUUUUUAUGUAAAACCUAUAUCAGUGUAGAGGAAGGCGAAUAGAAGGAAAUAUUAUAUUUUUAUAGCAAUUAUUAUUUUUAU